AUGGAAAUUAAAAUGACUGAUGGAAAUGUUCAGAAGAAUUCUUUAACAAAAGAAAUGAAAGUAAAAUUGAAAAUGGAAAAAAAUCUUAGAAAUUCUUGUAAAAAUUUCCCUGAAGGCUUUGAAAAGAAAGAUUUUCCUUAUUCAAUUAACAAUAAUGAAGACUCUAGUAAAAAACAGUUAAAAAGUUUUCAGUUAGCUCAUAACAAUGAGAUUGUGUUUAAUAAGCAAGUUUUUUUAUUUAACCAUUUGGAUGGGAAUAGAAGAAUUAAUACCCAAGGGACAUCUAAGGAUAUACAUCCUAUAAUUCUAGCAUUGGGUUUACAAUAUUCUGAAUUCAAAAUAUGUGGGUCUAAUGCCAGAUGUAUUUUUAUGUUAAAUUCAUUUAAGCAGGUAAUUCAGGAUUAUCAUACGCCGGCAGGAACUACAUUACAGCGUCAUUUGCAAUCAUACAUUAAUCUUCAUAUUGCCCAUCUUGUUUUAUCAAGACCUCUUAGUGUUAGUAUGAGGAAUGCUAUAAGGUUUUUAAAGUUAGAAAUAUCAAAUUCGAGUAUAGAUCUUGCAGAAGAUGAGGCAAAAAAUCUUCUUAUAAAACGUAUAGAUCGUUUUAUUAGAGAUAGAAUUACUGUUGCAGAUCAAGUUAUUAUUGCUGCUGGACAAAAUAAAAUUAAUAAUGGCGAUGUUAUUUUAAUUUAUUCAAGAUCCUCUAUUGUUGAGCAAGUACUUAUAGAAGCUUAUCAACGCCACAAGUUUUUUCGUGUGAUCGUUGUAGACUCGCGUCCAGGUUUUGAAGGGAAAGAAUGUGUUCAUAGGCUUUCAAAAGUUGGUAUAAUUUCAACUUAUUUAACUAUUUCUUCUCUUUGUUAUAUUAUGAGAGAGGUUACAAAAGUGUUUUUAGGUGCACAUGCCAUGUUAUCCAAUGGUGCUCUAUAUUCUCGAGUUGGUACAUCUAUUGUGGCUAUGACAGCAAAAGAUAAUAAUAUACCGGUUAUUGUAUUUUGCGAAUCUUAUAAGUUUACAGAUAGAGUUCAAUUAGAUUCUUUUGUAAAUAAUGAAUUAGGUCCAAUUGAUAAUUUAAUUGAUAUUUCUUGCGAUAAUUGUUCUAAUUCAGGUCCUUUAUCAUCAUGGUAUGAGCUUGCUAAUUUAAAACUUCUUAAUUUAAUGUAUGAUGUGACACCUGCAAAGUUUAUAAAUGUAUGUGUUUCUGAAAUGGGUUUAUUACCUUCUACAUCAGUAUCAAUUUUAGUUCAUGAAUUUAAAUAG